AUGGCUGAACAUAUUUACCAAAAGGCAGACGCGCUGGUCGGAGCUCUGGAGAAGCAUGGUCAAGGCGACUAUAUCGGAGAAUCCAUUAGCCAACUUGAACAUUGUCUACAAGCAGCACACCAGGCACAAAAAGCAGGAGCUAGAGAUGAGCUAGUUAUCGCCGCCUUAUUGCACGACAUUGGUCAAAUCAUCCCCUUGGAAGCCACCAAGGAGGCGCGCAUGAACCUUUCCGGAAGCACGGAAAAUGUCGGCCGGGUCGGCCAUGAGGCUAUUGGCGCUGCAUAUCUCCGGUCGCUUGGAUUCAGCGAGGCCGUGUGCCGAUUAGUGAAUAGCCAUGUUGCGGCGAAGCGGUAUCUCACUGCAGUCAACCGUGCGUACUAUGACUCUCUCUCCUCGGCGUCUCAGAGAUCGCUCGCAUUCCAGGGUGGUCCUUUCGAAGGCGACGAUAUGAGAGCGUUUGAAAAAGACCCCUUGCGAGACGAGAUGGUUUUUCUCCGACUGUGGGAUGAUGCGGCCAAACUAGAGGGUGUUGAGGCCACGACACCGCGCGCAUCGGCUUAUUUGGGGAUGAUCAUCGCGCACUUGGAAAAACAAGGCAAGCUCGAAGAGUAG